AUGACUGCAACUUUAAUUCAACCUGUCAGUAGUAACAACAAUAUCACGAAUGAGAAUCAAGUGCUGACUCUGCUGGAGGGAGGAGAAUCAUCAUCGUCGUCGUCAUCUAUCAAAAACGAUGAUGGCAAACUAUUGACACAAACGCCACCAAACGAUAAUUUGCAGGAACAGCAAGAGAUUUUAAAUUACUUGAAACCCUCUCCUGUUUCAUCAUACAAUGCCAGAAAGGUACCACGAUUGGGCCCAUUUCUGCUGUUGAAGACACUGGGUGUUGGUGAAUUUGGCAAAGUAAAGCUGGGCAGACACAUGGAAACAGGUCAAAUUGUGGCUGUCAAACUAGUGAAAAAGCAAAACAUCGAUUCCUCCUCUCAGCUGGAAAAGAUUCGAAUGGAAAUUGAUAUCCUCAAGACACUGAACCACCCAUACAUUGUCAAACUAUUGAGUGUCAAUGAGACUAACGCAAAUAUUGGCAUGGUAUUGGAAUAUGCACAAGGGGGCGAAUUGUUUGAGUACAUCUUUAGACAGAGAUAUCUAAAGGAACAAGAAGCAUGUCGACUUUUUUCUCAAUUGAUUAGCAGUGUCCACUACAUGCAUCAAAAGAACAUUGUGCACCGUGAUCUCAAACUGGAAAACAUCUUGCUAGAUCGUCAUGGAAACCUUAUAGUCACUGAUUUUGGUUUCGCUAACCAGUUCACUCCAAAGACGGGUGAUUUGAUGUCUACCUCGUGUGGAUCUCCUGUGUAUGCAGCUCCUGAACUUGUCAUGACAGGAAGAUUGUAUGCUGGCACUGGUGUGGAUAUCUGGUCAUGUGGCAUUAUCUUGUAUGCGAUGCUUUGUGGCUACCUGCCAUUUGAUGACGAUGCAAAGAACCCCAAUGGAGAGAAUAUUGGCAGACUGUACCGUUAUAUCAUGGCACAUCGGCCUAAAUACCCGCCCUAUCUCUCUGACCACGCAAAAGAUAUCAUUGGCAAGAUGCUUAUUCCUGAUCCAAGUGAACGAUGCAAGAUUCAGGACAUCAUGGCACAUCCUUGGCUUGAGAAUUACAAGGGCCAAAUCUCUAAAUCAGUGCAAGAGUUGGAAAAGGAAGCUCAAAUCAAGAAGCAAAUGCUGCUGACAGGCAUCCAAUCGUCGACAAACCUCAAUAUACUAGCUGAUGGAGAACACUACGACUCGAACGAAGACUGCUGCAACAACAGCGAUCACGAUUCGUGCUCCACUUCCUCUUCUGUAUCCUCAUCGUACUCGUACACCAACUCAUACAGUAACACAAAAGACGCCCGAGCCGACGAUGUUGUGUUGGAAUCAGAACAAACUGACGAUUACAGCGAACGUGCUAUUGUCAAUGAGCCUAUCCAGCAUACAUCUAAAGCAGCAUCCUCGCCUACAACCCCCGUUCCACUGCCAUUAUCAUUGGAUGAAAAAAAAGAGUUGCGCCAUGACAGCGUGUCUACAGAUGCAGCCUCGCAUGCCAGCUGCAGCGAAAAGAUAGCACCUGAAAAAGAGGAGGUCACAAAGCCAACAAACAUGCCAGCCGCUCUUGAAACCCAGCACCAAGGUUACAGCAAAGCAUUGUUCAAGGUUUCUGAGCACUCGCAUGAGAAGAAGGCUGCUUCUGCUGCAGAAGCAAACAACAAAUCCACUUUAUCCAAAGACUUAGAUGCAAAGCAAAAGAAGAGACACACUAUCGACGCUGCAGUGACAAGCGCUUUGAUGCAACAACAACAACAAAAGCCAGAUCAACGUCCUUCACCACCACGACAAAAUAUAUCGUUGAGAGCCAAACUGUUUUCUGGUGUCAAGCGUCGCACUACAAGCAGCCCAAGCACUGCCACUUUGUCACCAGCGGUAACGGCAAACGGUCAGAAGCCCACUCGAAAAAACAGACAUUCAUGGCAGCACCUGAUGCAAUCCCACUCCACCAAAGACCUUCCAUUGACUCCAGCUCCAUCAACAGCAAGCAAUGCGCCUCGUCCUCUCAUAGUCGAGCAUUCCAAGAGCGAGAGAUUAAUCUCAUGGCUGAAAAAGACAAAAUCAUUGCAACACAAGACUCGGCUUUUAGAGCCCAAAGUGGUAGCUACUACUGCCACUAAGACAAGUAGCACAUCGAAUAGUAACAGUAGCGCCUAUUCCUCAUCGAGAGAAGCCGUUAUACCCGAAGAAGAUGCCACGAUACCCAUUGCACGACCCAAUUCAUCAUUGGCUCCCAUACGCUCAACGUCAACUACAGUCUCUCGAACACCAACGAUACUAUCUCAGGUCAAUAAAAGCGCAGCACCCUCUCAGCAACCACAACAACAGAAUGAAAUCGAUCACAUAUCAAUAGCGUCUGAAUUAAGAGUGCACACAGGUAGUAUGAACCACUCUGCACUGACGUCUAAACCUCCUAUGGAGGUGUUACUCGAGGUCAACAAGAUUCUUCUCAUUCUGGGUAUCCAAGUCGAGAAUAUAGGGGGCUACAAAUUACGUUGUACACGUCGAUCCAUCCAUUAUUCUGACGACUCGCAUCAAAACGAAGUCAGCAAUAUUCUGAACCAUCUGUCCACCAAGAAUGAUGUGUCUACCAUGAUCACAGAGCCCAUUUAUGGACAUCCCAGCAUUGACAGAGGAGAGGAAAUACAGUUCUUGGUAGAGAUAUGUCGCUUUGAGAAUCUGUCGGGCCUCUUUAGUGUGGAUAUCCAGCAUUUGGCUACUAUGCAAGUUGGAAACUUGGCAGGCUAUCAGUUUAUAGGACAAAAGCUGCUUGGUUUGUUGCAGAAUAGCAAUAUUAUUCGUAAUACCAAUUUUAGUCUAAUGUCGAAACAGAAUGGUGAGAGCGAGAAUCACUAA